AUGAAGUUCCAAGCUCUGUUCUUUCUCCUGCUCCUGGCAUGCAUGUACCUCAGCCUGGCUCAAGGUAGGCACCAUUAACUCUAUUGCACUGUAAAUUCUAUAGACUAAUUAUUAUUAUGACGUUUAUGUUCACUGUAAUUGGUGUAACAGUCUAAAGCCUAUUGUGUGUCUUGAUUUGUUCUUGUAAUUAAGCUAUUGUUGAAAAAUCAACUGUUCAUAUAGCCCACUCCACAUUCUGUACACUAAUGAAUUGUUGCAGAUAGAGUAAUAACCUCUCGCAAUGGAGAGCAUUAUUCUGUAGAAAGUCAGUUUCAUUAUACAAUGUGUUUUUUUAGAAGCCUCCACUGGUCCAUACUUUGUCCAGAAGAGAAAGAUCUGUCGGCUCCAAAUGUUUUUUUACCAGACAAUUUUACACUGACUGAUGUUUGUGUCUGUGAUCCGCUCCUUUCAGAACAUUAUCUCAAAUCACCUAGCACUAGAUUUCACAACCCGUUCAACAGUUAUAUACAUAGCUUAUGCUGCACUAACAGGCAGUUCUCAUAUUUGCAUUAUUAGAAAUUGUGAGUAUGAAUAGUCCUGUUGAUAUGUCUUCUCUUGCACACAUCUGCAAUACAUUUACUCACAAAUGUUUUCUCAGAAAAUGAUCACACUGUACUAUUUCGCAACUUCAACUGCAAAUUUCAAACCAUGCGCAACUGAAAUGUCAGUCAGUGGAGGCUGCUGACGGGAGGACAACUCAUAAUAAUGUCUGGAAUGGAGCGAAUGGAAUGGCAUCAAACCAUGUGUUUGAUGUAUUUGAUACCAUUCCACUUAUUCCACUCCAUCCACUACCACGAACCCAUCCUCCCCAAUUAAGGUGCAACCAACCUCCUGUGAUGUCAGUACAUUAUAAUUUAUUACAUAGAAAUGUAAGCACAAAAGGAGUAUAAUAGUAGCCAUUUCCUUUCCCCCUGGUUGUUGUCAGGCUCUUAUGGGAACUGCUGUUUGAGGCACGUUGCUGGCAUGAAGAAGAACACCAAGAGGAAAGUGAUGAGCUACAGGAUACAGGAAACAGAUGGAGACUGCAACAUCAAGGCCGUUGUGUGAGUGUGUUAGAACACCUCUGCACCUUCUGUCCAUAAGUCCCCACUCCCCAAACAACAACAAAGCUACACAGUCCGUCUGUCAUUGGGACACUGGUAUGGUAGAAAAAUCUUCAAGUUACCUGCAAUGGCUUGUUGACAGAGAAAUGUGGUAUUUUUGUACAUAUUGUGUUUUCCUCUUUUUCUCCUCGUAGAAUGUGAAUCUAAAAAACAAUACUGAGUCUGAUUAUCUAAUGGAAAACACUUUUUCUCCCACCAUGUGUCUCUUAUCUAUAGGUUCAUGCUGAAGAAACGGAAGACUGUUUGUGCCAAUCCCAGCCAGAAGUGGGUACAGCGUCUGAUGACUGUUGUCGUUAAGCAGCAAAGCAACUAG